CAAGAAGAUAGGAUGGAAAAGCAGAAGGGAACACUCGGCGACACCGGCUAAUGGCUCCAGAUAGCCAGACAACAACUGUCCUUCUGUCAUCGGACUGGGAGUUUCCCCUCGCGACGGACUCUGCUCUUGAACGCGUGCCUAUGGAGAACCUACCAGGCCAAACACUGUCGUUUCCACCAUUGUCGGGCUUACUUGAUGCCCUCAUUGAGAGCUGGCUAGACGGUCCUAGUGACGAGGAUCCGCUACUGCUGCACUUGGCUGUUCAGUUUAACUAUCUCUACGAAUAUGCUCCAGCAUUGAAAGAGCGAUCAUUUGUUCACGGGCUAAUUUUUACCCCUGAAAACCUGGUGUGCGCGCUGACUGCAGUGCCCUUAAGUCAGUGUAUUAUUGCGUUUGCUGUAAGGGGUCAUGUCUCUGCUUGAUAUGCAAGGAUCUACGACGCAAGAAUAAUCUCCAAGACAGUGGUCUUCUAUUAGUAUCUGUAACCUCGAAACUCCCAACUCAACUUUUAUACAAAGGUAUCUCUAAUAUAAACUACAGAAUUAUCUUCCCC